CGAGCCCCCGUGCGCACGCGCCCCUGGAUUUAUCCGGUUGCUAUGGGCCGGCGUCUCCUAGCAAUCGGCGAGCGGCGAGGUGGAGCGGCACCGGUGGUAGUGCGGCGAACAUGGGGCCGGCCAAGAAGAAAGAGAAGCCCGGCGGACGGAACCCGCCCGACGACAAGCCGGAGCUGACCUCCUCGGCGAAGGAGCUGUACAUGACCCAGAUCAGGGACUUGGAGAGAAAGGUGACCAGGUACCAACGGAGGUUAGAUGAAUUGGAAGUAUCAAGAAGUGACAUGGUUGAGAAGCAUGAGCAGCUUGGCAAAGACUUGCAUGAUGUCAUUGCCUACCUGAAGAAGUGUCUGAAUCAGAAAAUUGAUGAGAUUGCUGAUUUGAAUGACAAGUUAAUUGCCUUGAAACAAGCCAAAGACAAUGAGAAGGAUUCCUAUGAAAUCCAGCUGUCACAUUUACGUCAAGAGUUUCAGGAAACCAAGGAUCAGCUCGCGUCUGAGAAUAUGAUUUUAGCUGGGAAGCUGGAUGCACUUGAAGAGUUUCGAAUUCAGAAGGAAGAAUUGAUGAUGAGGUUUGCUUCACUUGAAGAACAGUUAAAGCAUCAGGAGAAAGAGCACAAUGAGAUUAUUUAUGACUUAGAACGGAGGGCAGUGGUGGAUAAACAUAGGUUAAAGAAGGAAUUGGUUUCUCGAGUGAAUGUUGUGGCUGCAGAAUUCCGUCGCAUCUCAAAAAAACAGGUGGCAGAGACAACAAAAAGGGCCAUCCGUGAAAAUGCAUCCAUCAGCAACAAGCUGGGAAAAAUAUCGGACAAAAGCAUAAAAGUAAUAAAGGAGAAUGAUGAUUUGAAAUCAGAAGCAAAGAAGCAACAGCGAACCAUUCAUAUCUUGGAGGACAAUCAGAAAGAACUGGCCAAGAAAAAUUUCAGCAACCUGAAGGUUAUCCAAAUGCUGACUGAGAAAUGCAAACAGCAGCAGGAAUCGUUAGAAAAUUGUAUGCAGAGAGAGAAGGCGAUACCACAACUUGAAACAUCCAUCAAGAAACUAGAGGAACAAAAUGAAUCUUUAAGGAACAAUGUAAUCUCUGUUCAGAAGCAACUGGAGACAAAGCAAUCUCAAUUGGACAAUCAGAGAAGCCUCAUGGAACAACAGGAAAAACAUAGGAAACACUUGGAGAGAGUUCUGUCUGAAGCUGCCUAUGCUCUGAAAGAGGUGCUGCAGGACAAAACGGAAUGUGCAGACGAAUCCUUUUCCAUGACCAAUCAAGAGAAGACAGAUUCUGAGGAGCUGCUAUAUGCUCAGCGCAGUCAAAUGAUGCAGAAAUUACUGCUCUUACUAAACAGUGCAGCCGUACUCGGACUUGGGCCUUCACUGGGGGAGUUUAUUAAAGACAAGCUGCCUCUCCUGGAACAGAAACUUCCAAGUCCUCAGGGGAGUUAUCCUUCAGCCCCUGGUGCCAUCAAAGGACCAGGCAUUCUGCCACAUUAUAAAGUAGGUGAUCUGGGUCUUGUACCCAGGCCCAAGCAAAUGUCUCCCAGCAUUGCUGAGAAAGUGGGCCAGCUGUCUAAGACAACGCGUUUUGGUUUGAUCAGACCAUUUGCCAAAUCAGCACCGACCGAAAUGACUUGUUUACCUAAGGAUUCACCUCCUGCAGAUCAGGGAAUGCAGGCCUCGAUUCUGCCCAAAAUUGCUGUGGCGUGCUGCCUUCAAGACCAAGUUUGCAACCAAACUAGUUAGACUUUUGUAAUCAUCAGUAACUUUUACAGCUAAGCUUAUUUAGACUAACAAUUAAAUAGUAUUUGCGCUCAAUUUAUCGUUCUUUGUCCAUGAUUUAGAUAAUUGAAAAUAAUUAAUAAAGUUGCAUUUUUAAAAAAAGAA